UUUAGACAAGUAAGUGUAACAAGUAGUUUUGUUUGUUUUAUACGAGGGAGCAAACUGCAAAAUCAUCAAAAAUGUGUGCGUACGCUUUGGUAACACUUCUGUUCGUUUGUUGUUUUAAACUUCAAAACUUCUUUAGUCAUCCUUAUUAUAACCAAUGUGAAUAAAUGGCAGACUGAGAGCCUGAGCGUAUACAGUAGUCUGCAACUCUGCAUGAUAUCGUGCGUUUGCCCCACGGCGACCCAAUUUAUACUGCAGUGUUGAGAUUCCUUGACUAAUGGAUGCUGCUAAAAUCGGACGGAUGUGGCGCCUGCCCUGUCCACGCCCAGCACCCCGACGGCCCCGGAGGAGUCCACGGAGCACAUUCCCCUCUUCGGGCUGGUGCGUCCUUGUGUCAGUGGCCAGGAGGAGCUGGUGGGGCAUUUCCUGCAGGAUCUCGACGUCGUCACGGCCAUAGGCCAUGCACACGCGACGGCACCAUCCGAGUGAUCCGGGAGACGGCCGCCGCCGUGGAUGAGGGGGCCCGCGUGGAGAAGAGCACGGCCGUCGCCGGGGGAAUCGUCUUCAUCAUUGGCGGUGCCUUAGGCCUCAGCCAUCGCCGGCGGCGUGGUCACGUUUCGCCAUGGCCGCCGCCGUCCCCACCGCACCCGCGGCACUCUUAUGGGGCGGGGCCGGCGUCAGCGCCGCGGGCGGCGUGACCAAGACCGUGGGGACGUACGUGGGCUCCAUGGACCACAGCACCCUGGUGGAGCGCCUCCAGUGCGCCAUCGAAGAAGACCAGAUCGCCCACGACAUCCUCGACUACUGCCGGCAACAGCUGCAGAGUGCCGCUACACCGUGCGACAAAGUCGGUAGCCGUUUAGCCGUUCUCAAGAUGAAUGCAGCAUAAUGCAUUGUCUCGUACUCUCGUUGGAUUUUGCUGUUGAUAGAUGUUUUAAAUGUUUUAAGGCAAGCGCCUGCUGAUAUUUGGUAAUUGAUUUUGAUGCUAAGAAUGGUAAAAAAUAACACUGAACGGCAAAAAAAUUCUGUUGAAAACUAAGGUACGUAUGUGCACAGUGUAUUAAUAACGAUAAGUAUCUGAGUACGAACUGAGUACUAAAACAGACGAGAUUAUAACAAAAACACUUCUUCAAUGCUAUCCUGCUCGGGGAUUGUAACCAUAACAUGAUAACACAUAUCGCGUUUUCCCCGUUGCAUUUGGAUAGAUGUAGCAGUAGUCAGUCGAACUUCCGGUACGAUUUCCGGUGAAUGAAACUAUGCUGCCCCCCGGUGCGGCAGCUUGGUACAGCUUUUGUUUCGUUAGUUCUUGACGAGAGUUGCCGUGCAUUUACAGUACUUUCUAUUUUCUUCCGCAAUUUCUGGUUUGUUUCUGCUCGUUCAAAACUCAAAAGUGGUAGUAUCACUGUUUUGUUGACUUUAAAAUCAGCUCCAAGAGUUAUGACGCCAUGUCCGAUUCGACGAGCGUGUUGGCAGCUGCGGAGGAUGCUGUUGAUCAGGGAAUCGGAGAAGGAUCACAAACGCGCACCUGCGUUUCGCCAAGCGACGCUGCCGUCGACCGAGCAUCUCACAGCGAUUGCGGCUCCUCGUCAGCCAAAUCAUCGUCGGACCCCAGCCACUUGAACAAAGAGCCCCUACAGACUGUUAUCGAAGAGGAGAAAGUAUUGGAACAAAAAUGGGGAUUGGCGAAGCACGUGAAGAAUGUCUCAGCAGACAUGGAGAGAUUCUGUGAGGCGUUGAAGAGACCGGACUACAAGGCCAAAAAGCUGAACAUCAGCAUCCGCGACAAGAUCGUCGUGCGGGCUUCCAGAAUUGCGGACCACGUGCUGGUCAUGGGCACUGUCAGUUUCGUGCUGGAUCCGCUGCCGUGUCCCUACGCCGAGCAGGAGGCGGCCUGCCAAGACUUCCGCGCGACGGCCCCGUACAUUCUGAAGGCGCAUCUGCAGUCAAAACACGACCUGCGCAAUAUGAUCGUUUAUGUAAUAUAG